AGCGCCCUCCGGCGGCCGAGCGCUCAACCCCACCAGGCGGUUCUUGAACAGCCCGAGGGGGCGGCGGGCCGCAGUAGCCCUCUGAACUGCUUUCCCUCGCGCCCGCUCCGGGGCCGCAGCGGAUGGGCGGCCGCGGGCCGCGGGGCAACAGGCGGGGAACGGGUGCGAGCCGGGACCGGGAGGGGCGGACGCGCAAAGGGGCCGCGGGGCGGCCGGGCGGGGCGCGGGCCGGCGGUUUGGGAGGGCGCCCCGCGUCCGAGAGGUGAGCCGGGCCCUGACGCUGCGCGGGUUCCGCGUCGCCCCCGCCGCGCCAUGGCGGAGACCAAAAUCAUUUACCACAUGGACGAGGAGGAGACGCCGUACCUGGUCAAGCUGCCCGUAGCUCCCGAGCGCGUCACGCUGGCAGACUUCAAGAACGUGCUCAGCAACCGGCCGGUGCACGCCUACAAAUUCUUCUUCAAGUCUAUGGACCAGGACUUCGGGGUGGUGAAGGAGGAGAUCUUCGACGACAAUGCCAAGUUGCCCUGCUUCAAUGGCCGUGUGGUUUCCUGGCUGGUCCUGGCUGAGGGCGCUCACUCGGAUGCAGGGUCCCAGGGCACUGACAGCCACACGGACCUGCCCCCACCCCUUGAGAGGACAGGCGGCAUUGGGGACUCCAGGCCCCCCUCCUUCCAUCCAAAUGUUGCCAGUAGCCGAGAUGGAAUGGACAAUGAGACAGGCACAGAGUCAAUGGUCAGUCACCGGCGGGAGCGAGCCCGACGUCGAAACCGUGAUGAGGCUGCCCGGACCAAUGGGCACCCAAGAGGGGACCGGCGGCGGGAGCUGGGACUACCUCCAGACAGUGCGUCCACUGUACUGAGCAGUGAGCUUGAAUCUAGCAGCUUUAUUGACUCAGAUGAGGAGGACAACACGAGCCGGCUGAGCAGCUCUACAGAGCAGAGUACCUCCUCUCGGCUAAUUCGUAAGCACAAAUGCCGUCGUCGGAAGCAGCGCUUGAGGCAGACAGACCGGGCAUCCUCCUUCAGCAGCAUCACCGACUCUACCAUGUCCCUGAACAUCAUCACCGUCACUCUCAACAUGGAGAGGCACCACUUCCUGGGCAUCAGCAUCGUGGGCCAGAGCAACGACCGGGGUGAUGGCGGCAUCUACAUUGGAUCCAUCAUGAAGGGCGGGGCUGUGGCUGCUGAUGGCCGCAUUGAGCCAGGCGACAUGUUGCUGCAGGUGAAUGAUGUCAACUUUGAGAACAUGAGCAACGAUGAUGCCGUGCGGGUGCUUCGGGAGAUCGUAUCCCAGACGGGGCCCAUCAGUCUCACAGUGGCCAAGUGCUGGGACCCAACCCCUCGGAGCUACUUCACCAUCCCAAGGGCUGACCCAGUGCGACCCAUCGACCCGGCUGCCUGGCUGUCCCACACAGCAGCACUGACCGGUGCUCUGCCCCGCUAUGAGCUUGAGGAGGCACCACUGACUGUGAAGAGUGACAUGAGUGCCAUUGUCCGCGUCAUGCAGUUGCCAGACUCGGGACUGGAGAUCCGGGACCGCAUGUGGCUUAAGAUCACCAUUGCCAAUGCUGUCAUUGGGGCGGAUGUGGUGGACUGGCUGUACACACACGUGGAGGGCUUCAAGGAGCGAAGGGAGGCGAGGAAGUAUGCCAGCAGCAUGCUGAAGCAUGGUUUCCUGCGGCACACGGUGAACAAGAUCACUUUCUCUGAGCAGUGCUACUAUGUCUUUGGUGACCUGUGCAGCAACCUCGCAUCCCUGAACCUCAACAGUGGCUCCAGUGGAGCCUCAGAUCAGGACACACUGGCCCCACUGCCCCACCCAUCUGUACCCUGGCCCUUGGGUCAAGGCUAUCCCUACCAGUACCCAGGACCCCCGCCCUGCUUCCCACCUGCUUACCAGGACCCUGGCUUCAGCUAUGGCAGUGGCAGUGCUGGGAGUCAGCAGAGUGAAGGGAGCAAGAGCAGUGGGUCCACAAGGAGCAGCCAUCGGACCCCAGGCCGAGAGGAGCGCCGGGCAACUGGAGCUGGGGGUAGUGGCAGUGAAUCAGACCACACAGUACCAAGUGGGUCUGGUAGCACUGGCUGGUGGGAGCGGCCUGUCAGCCAGCUUAGCCGUGGCAGUAGCCCUCGAAGUCAGGCUUCAGCUGUUGCCCCAGGGCUCCCUCCACUGCACCCCCUUACCAAGGCCUAUGCAGUAGUGGGUGGGCCACCUGGAGGGCCACCUGUCCGGGAGCUGGCUGCUGUUCCUCCAGAACUUACAGGUAGCCGCCAGUCCUUCCAAAAGGCCAUGGGAAACCCCUGUGAGUUCUUUGUGGACAUCAUGUGAUGAUCAACCAGUGUCUUCAGUGCUGCCUGUGGCGAGAGUCUGUGUUCCUGCUGUGCCAGGAGCUCUAUGGGCUUGCCUUAGUGGUGGCCGGCCAGGAUAGGUCAGUCGUAGGGUCUGGGCCAGGGCAGAGGGAGCAGGCAACAGAAGAAGGGCUGAGGGCAGCCAUACGACCAAGAUAUCAGCUUGAUAUUUUGUCUGCUCUUGGGGCUGCUGGUGGUGGUGCAGCUCAAGUAUCUGUAGUCUUGUAAGGAGACAUCUCUGUCUUUAAGUCCUCAGCACAGAUCUCAGGGACCACCUCCUGGUUCCUUUUUUGGAAGUGACCUCCAUUUAGGACAAGAAAGGCUCUCUUGGGCUCUGUCACCCCUUUCCCCAAAGUCUCCCAGAACUGCACAGGGGCACAGGCUGACUGUCACUAAGUUUAUGGGCCUCACCUGUCAGGCCAAGGUGGGGUUCUUGAGGGGUUAGACAGAGCCCUCAAACCUCUCUGGCUGCCCAGGUGGGGUCUAACUUACUUAUUUAUUGCUAGCUUGCCUGCUCCAAGGGCGGCAGCUGGUCACCCAGUGGGGCAGUUUGCACGCUCCUUUCCUCACCUGCAACUCGGCACAUGACAGCACAGUUUGUGUUGAAGGUAUGUGGAGGAUGGCUAGUAGGGAAGACAGGAGAGAGGCCUGGCACUUAUCUACUGUCUUAGUCUCAAUGGCGGGUGAGAGUGAACACAAGAGCUGAAGAUGUGGGGUCCUGUCCUGUCACUGUUCUCCUGGUGGCUGCCCAUCAGCAUGUGCCACUGCCAUCUCGGCACAGCAGCCCCACACAUCUACACGAGACACUGUGUCAAGAAGUCUGAGCGACUGGGUAGUUCACAUAGAGCUGCUUCUGUGUAAAUGCUGCUUCUGUGUAAAUGCUAUUUUAAACACUAAAAAAAGCGUUUAAUUUUA